GACACCGUUUAGCUCUCUACGCCAUGGAUAGGAUCACGUAAUAGGAUAGCCAAGGAGUGAGUAAACAAACAAGAAAACUGAAAUUCGGAACCCAAUUCAUAAACCGUUCCCCAGAGUGAGUUGGACUCAGAAACUCGGCACUGACUCAGCGAUGCAACUCAGCAGCUGCACCAUUAGCUGCACCAGAAAGCUCUUCAUUUCCCCUAACAAAUCUUCGAAGCCAAAGCCUUUUUCCAAGCGGUGGUUAUGCUUGACGAUCUCCAACUCGGCCGAGUUUAACUCACUGGAAUCGGAGACACUAAAGACACUGGAAUGGAGCUCCGUGUGCAAGCAGGUGGCGGCAUUCACCUCCACAUCCAUGGGCUCCUCUGUCGCCAACAACGCCCGCUUUCCCGUCGGCCGCUCACCUCAGGAGAGCCAGACGCUUCUCGAUCAAACCACGGCGGCGAGGCUUAUCUCUCGGCCGCCGGACUUCUCCGAAAUUGAGGACAUAUCGGAGAUUGUCGCCGUCGCCAGUUCCGGCCAGCUGCUAACCAUCCGAGAGCUCUGUACCGUUCGUCUCACGCUUAAAGCCGUUAGGGAGGUGUUCCAGUAUUUGGAACAGUUGGCUUCGGAUUCUAAUAAUCCAGAGAGGUACUCUCCACUUCUCGAAAUAUUGCAACAUUGUAAUUUCCAAGUGGGCUUGGAGCAGAAAAUAGAGUUUUGCAUCGAUUGCAAACUUUCUGUUAUUCUUGAUAGAGCAAGUGAAGAGCUGGAGAUAAUCAGAUCAGAAAGAAAGAGGAAUAUAGAAAAUUUGGAUUCUUUGUUAAGGGAAGUAUCUUCUCGAAUAUUUCACGCUGGGGGUAUUGACAGACCAUUAAUUACUCAGCGUCGAUCUAGAAUGUGUGUUGGUAUUAGAGCUUCCCAUAGAUACUUGCUUCCAGAUGGUAUAGUUCUGAAUGUUAGCAGUUCUGGAGCAACAUACUUUAUGGAACCCAAAGAGGCAAUAGAUCUUAACAACAUGGAAGUUAGACUUUCAAACUCCGAGAAGUCUGAGGAAAGAGCAAUUUUGAGUUUGCUCGCAUCUGAAAUUGCAAAUUCAAAACAGGAGAUAAAUGAUUUAUUGGACAAGAUUCUUGAAGUUGAUCUUGCUUUUGCAAGGGCAGCUUAUGCUCAAUGGCUGAAUGGGGUAUGUCCUACUUUCAGUUUAAGCAAUUUUGAAGGCUGUGAUUCCGUUGAAGAGAACAAUGAUUUAACAGUAAGUAUUGACGGUAUAAGGCAUCCAUUACUUCUGGAGUCCUCUCUAAAAAACUUUAAAGAUGGUCUUGCACUAGGGUGUGUAAAUGAUGCUGAUAUGGGUAAUGGAAAUGGAGCUCUGAAAUCUAAAAGUAUGUCAAAAGGUACGUAUGAAUUCCCUGUGCCAGUGGACUUUAAAAUUAGACAGGGAACCAGAGUGGUGGUCAUCUCAGGACCUAACACUGGAGGGAAAACAGCUUCCAUGAAAACGUUGGGCCUGGCAUCGCUUAUGUCGAAGGCUGGAAUGCAUUUGCCUGCCCAGAACUGUCCAAAACUGCCUUGGUUUGAUGUUAUCCUGGCAGAUAUUGGAGAUCACCAGUCCCUUGAACAAAAUCUAUCAACUUUUAGUGGGCACAUCUCACGUAUCUGCAAGAUUUUGGAAGUGGCCUCGAAACAGUCACUUGUUCUUAUUGAUGAAAUUGGCAGUGGAACUGAUCCUUCAGAAGGUGUAGCCCUUUCUACCAGUAUCUUGCAAUAUCUGAAGGAACGUGUUAAUGUGGCUGUUGUGACUACUCAUUAUGCUGAUCUAAGUAGAAUGAAGGAAAAGGAUACCGGUUUUGACAAUGCAGCAAUGGAAUUUUCACUUGAAACAUUACAACCAACUUAUAAGAUCCUAUGGGGAUCCACUGGUGAUUCUAAUGCAUUGAACAUAGCACAGUCAAUUGGCUUUGACAGAAAUAUAAUUGAUCGUGCACAUACAUGGGUAGAGAAGUUAAAGCCAGAACAGCAGCAAGAGAGGAGAGGGAUGCUCUAUCAAUCAUUACAGGAGGAGAGAAACCGAUUAAAAGCUCAGGCUGAAAAGGCAGCAGCCAUUCAUGCAGAAAUUUUGAACACAUACUACGAGAUCCAAGAUGAAGCAGAGGACCUUGAUAAACGUGAGAUGGAACUUAUGGCAAAGGAAGCUCAGCUAGUCCAACAAGAGCUAAUGGAUGCAAGAUCUCAGAUCGAAACUCUGAUACAGAAGUUCGAAAAGCAACUCAAAAUUGCUGAUCGAGAUAAACUCAGCUCACUUAUUAGAGAGACUGAAUCAGCAAUAGCCUCCAUUGUAAAAGCUCAUACACCUGCAGAUUCAUUUCCCAUCAGUGAAGCUGAUCGUGCUUCAUAUACUCCACAACUUGGGGAGCAAGUUCGUGUCAAGGGAUUGGGAGGGAAAUUAGCCACAGUGGCUGAAUCACCUGGGAAUGAUGAUACAAUCUUAGUACAGUAUGGCAAAGUGAAAGUCCGUGUGAAGAAAAGUAGCAUCAGAGCUGUUCCGUCGAGUGGAAAGAAUGUUGUCACGGGUUCUUCCGCUCUCCAGGGGAGACAGAAUGGAGAAUUGAGGAGAAAUUCAGAGACCAACAGCAACAUAGAACCUUCUUAUGGUCCGGUAGUGCGGACAUCUAAGAAUACAGUGGAUCUGCGAGGUAUGCGACUGAAAGAAGCUUCCAUUAAGCUUGAGAUGGCAAUCACCGAAUGCAGGCCAUACUCUGUUCUUUUUAUUGUACAUGGCAUGGGAACCGGUGCUAUUAAGGAGCGAGCACUUGAAAUUCUGCGAAAUCAUCCACGUGUUACUAACUAUGAACCAGAAAAUCCAAUGAACUAUGGUUGUACCAUUGCUUAUGUCAAAUGAUGAAGCAUUCUACUACACAUCUUUGUCCCUAUAUACAACUUAUGGUCUCUGUAUAAUAGGCACCAAAGGCAGGUACGGAGAAACCCUAUACCUAUCCUCCACGGCGGCCAUUACUGCCUCAUUGUACUUCGCCGUGCAGUAUGCUGCCGUUGGCAGCAUUGUGCCCACCAAGCGUGGGAACAACGGCAGCGAGUUCAGCCUUUGCCAGGCCGAGGCUGCAUAUUGCUCUGCCACUGGCUCGUACCUCUCAUACAGCUCCUUUGCGGACGGCUCAUACUUGGUAUAAACGUUUUUCAUGGCUUCAGUAAUGGUGUCUCUCGCGGCAGCGGGAGCAACCUGCAUGGCAGCCACAGAGGCAUCAACCUUCUUGUCGGCAUAGCGGAGGAUCUCGUUGGGGACAAGGUGGUAAUUGUUGUAGAUGGGUUCUAUGACGUUCUUCAUGCACUCUUCCACCGUCUGAACGCCGGGCUUCAAGGAGCCAGAGCUGUCCUUGGCAUAGUUGUAGGCAGCGGACCACCGCAUUAGGGCUUGUGUGCUUGCAGCGUGCACGAACCCAAGGUACUUUAGCUCUUGUGCUUGUGCUUGUGGUUGCUCUUCUUCGAUUUCAGAUACCUGAAAAAUUAAGUGGUUUGCAUAUUAUAUUGCAUGCAUGCAUGAACGAAAUUAUUAAAGAUUAAACGUGAAAAUAAACUAAAAAUUAACAAAUAGAGGAGGAUAAUUACGCUUACGUAAGGUACCUGGUUCUGGUGUGAUUGGGAUGCCAUGAAAUAAAGGAGUAGUUUGGUUUUGAUUAUGAUGAUUGGAUAAUAAGAGGUUUUGUCUGGAGGUAAUAUGAGUUUGUAAAUUUGGGAGCUUUUGUCUUUUUACUAUAAAUAUUGUUGCGCUACUUUUGAUUAUAUUCUUUUGUAUAUAUUUUUGUUUUGGUAUUAAA